CCCGCUGCCAUUUAUUCGCCAUCAGCUGCUCCCUGAUAAAGUGGAAUAAUAAUAAUAAUAAUAGGGGCAGGAAUAUUAAAACAUGCAGCCCGCGGGCCGCCCCCACAGCUGCCAUGAGACACGGCGCCGGAGCGGUGCCACUGCUGCUCAACAUGUACCUGCCAGAUCCAGUCGGGGAAACUUUGUUCAAAGACGGGAAGAGCCAGGCGUGGGGGUCUCUCAGCCCCGGCGUGCAGAAAGGCAGCGGGCAGAUCCAGCUGUGGCAGUUCCUGCUGGAGCUGCUCUCCGACCGGGCCAACCUGAACUGCAUCGCCUGGGAAGGCACAAAUGGGGAGUUCAAGCUGAUCGACCCCGAUGAGGUGGCACGGCGCUGGGGCGAGCGGAAGAGCAAACCCAACAUGAAUUACGACAAGCUGAGCCGGGCACUGCGCUACUACUAUGACAAGAACAUCAUGACCAAGGUCCACGGCAAGCGUUACGCCUACAAGUUCGACUUCCACGGGCUGGCACAGGUGUGCCAGCCGUCCGCCCCCGAUCACACCCUCUACAAAUUUCAGGGCAACCUGGCCCCGCUGCCCUUCUCGGGCAUCUCCAAACUCAACCUCAUGACCUCGGGGGUGACGCCGGCUGGCUUCUCCUACUGGCCUGGCUCCAGCCCAUCCCUCUACCCCGGGCACGGGCUCCAGCCCUCUGCCCCGUUCAGCGCCAUGGCAGCCUCCCACCUCAACAACAUGAAUAACCAUUACCAUUAGAGGCUCGCCCGUGCCAGGCGGACCUCCCCAUCCCCGGCAGCAUGGGGCUGUUCAGCUGGGGAGCUCAGCAGGGAGGGAUGGGUGGGUGGGAUCGUGCCCUGCUCUCAGUUGCCCCCUUUUAGAUUUGGAGAGUUGCGUGGGGGGUGAGGGGUGCUUGCAGGGUAGCUGGGUUGGUUCCCUGAUGUGGGUGGCUGGAGGAGAGACGCCAUCUAAAUUUAGGGUGAGGAGGGAUCCAUGAUCCUGGGAACGGAUGUGGAUACCUAAAGCAGGGUGUGAAUGGAAGGAAAAACCAUGGGCUCUCCUCCUGGCAGGGACCAUGCCCCCCUUUCCUUUGCAACAUGCUGCCCACCCCAUGAACAUCCUUAACUCUGCCCCCAGCCUGUUCCUGCCCUCCCCUCUCUCUGCAGAGAGGAAUCAGGAGCUGGGGCCCCAGGGCAGCUGUGUCCAUGGGUGAGGGUCCCACUGGGCAGGGGCAGGGAAAGGGGACUCUCCUUGCUACUCCUUGGUUCCCCACCUUUGUCUCCAAAGCCUUCCUUUCCUCCAUCCCUCCUACACCUCCUGCCGAUGGUGGCUUCCUCCAGACCUCAGGAGAAGCCUUGGUCUGGAGAGCAGAUGACCUUCAUGGGUUAACUCCUGCCCAGGGCAGGGCUUUGCUGUUGGAGGUGCCAGGGGCAGGUGUGAGGGGCACUGCCAGCCCUCAGGGCAAGGCCAGAGCCUGGAGUCAGCAGAGCCUGGCCCCUGCAACUCUGCCCUCUCUCCAGUAUCCAAGGACCAUGCCACAGAGCGGGAUGGUCCCUGAAGCCCUGCACAUGAGCCCAUGUCCUGCUGGUUACUUCGAAGUUUAAUGCUUCAGUUUUACUGUGGCUUUAGCCCCUCACCUGCAGGACUUGGUGGGACACCCUCCACGGGUGGGGACAUCCCCAGGGACAAGGCUGGGUUGGAGGUGGAACAGGAAAAGGGAUGACAGCAGGGCUGGGAGCCCUGGGCACGGAGGGGCAGCCCUGGGUCCCUGCCCCUGUGUCCAAGGAGGUGCCCCCGUCCUCCAGAGCAGGACUUUGGCCCAGUGGAUGCAGAAGAUGGGCAUGCUGGGCUCUGCGCUGGCUGGGGGGAGGGAUUGGUCUUCAAUAAAACAGAGAGGUGCUGUGA